AUGGGGGUCAAAGUCACAACUCCCGAUGCUUCGCCCACUACCACCACAACCUCCGACCCCCAACAACAACACUACCACCUUCAGAAACAUGCACACCAACAGCAGCAGCAGUUUUUGCUAAAGACUUCGACAUUCUCGUUGACGGUGUAUCUGGACCCGACGACCUUCCAGCAGACCCUGCCGCCGAUAACAUUCCUCUCCGAUCCCUCACCUUCCUCGUCCGGCAACAAGAACAGUGCUUCUGCGGCUUCUCCCUCGUUACCAAAGAGUCACUUGUUUCAAAACGGCUGCUGGAAGGAACAACAGGAUCAACAGCUCCCUCACCCUCAACUCAAUCAGCGCUCUUCAGUCAUCGGACAGGACGUGGAUCCGUCGUCUCCAGCUAGAGGCUUCUCCUCCUCUUCCUCUUCUCCUGAGAGAAAGCGUGUUCGUGGAGGCAACUCGAGAACCGUCAUCGUCGACCAGGGCAGUGUGUCGAGUCGCUCUUCCCUCUUUCUUCCUGUGGAGGGUGACACCGACAACAACGACGAGCGGCACUACAGCCAUGAUGCCACACCCGCACAGCGGGAGAAGGAGGAGGGAGAGGAGGAACGAAUCGGUCUGGGGAUCUCGAAGGAACCUCGUCGCCUUUCUCGACACCGUUACCCACAUGCAUUGAUCCAUCGACUGUACAACAACAAUAACAGGCCAUUGAGGGAGGGCAGCAGCAGAAGAAGAAUGGCGACAAUACCCAAGACGACUUCCAAGACGAUUACCACUACCAGGAGGAUCGGGGCCAAGAAGCGUCCCUCCCGCCUGCAGCGGUUGUUACUACUGGACCAACAGGAGCAUAAUGUCGACGAGAAUUUUUGGGCAAAUGAAAUCAACUACAACAACAACAACCACCACCACCAGCAGGAGCCAUCAGCUCGGGAGGACGACUUGUCUUAUUACUCAACCGAUCGAGGCUUGGCCGAGAUGAUGAACUUCAUUCUGAACGACGAAGAACUCUCGAAGUAUCUUCUCGCAAACGACAAUAUGCUGCACAGUACUAGCAGCAGUAACGACAAUAAUCAUCCCAACGACUCACCAACCUUUGAAACCAAACAACGACCCCAACAUCAACAAUCGACUCCUGCCCCCACACCCUCUUCCUCAGCUUCUUCAUUCGUCUCACCAUCGCUCUCAGGAUGGACGCAAAACGAUAUUGACAUGGCAAGGGCUCUCUGGGAUUAUUGGGAGGAACUCGAUGCAAUGGAUCUGAUCCAGGCGCAACUCGAGAGUCAACUCGAAGAUGAGAACGAUGACGACCACGAGGACAUCGACGACAUCGACUAUGAGACUCAUCAUCUACGCCAAGCCCAUUUGCGACAACAACCAGAACCCCAACCGUCCAGGAGUACGCUUUGGAAAGGGAGAGUCAAGGCAUUUGUUAAGGAUGGUACCUCCAACAUGUCUUCUCCUCCGGAGUUGAUGCAAGACAGCAUUUCGAACAUUGGAUAA